AUGCCUAUCAAGCCCAUCACUGGUAUGCUCCGUAGAGGUCUCGUCCUCGAUCUUUCCGUCGCCUUCGGUCUCGGUACCUCGGCCGGUUACCUCUGGUGGUACGGCUUCCACGUUCCCGCCGUCCGCCGCCGCGAUCUGUUCUACGCCAAGCUCGAAGACGAGCGUGCCGCCUCCCUGGGCCAGCUUUAA